AUGACGGACCUGUACUGGCCGUACCCCGACUCGCCCGACUCGUGCGUGUCUGCCAGCUCGUGUUCGUCAGUCUCCGAGAUGAGCGUCUCGCCGGCGCCGUCGCCACGCCAGUCGGACGCCGCCGACCCGGAGACGGACACAGACGCCGAGACCAAGAUCAAGGCGGAGGUGAAGGCGGAGCCGGUGCUGACCAAAGCGGAGCCCGUGUCGCCGGCGGCGUCCGAGACCAACGCUAACUCGCCGGCGGCCAGCUGGAGCUCGGAGCGGCUCGACAACGCUGACUGCGCGCUGCGGACAGUCACCUCGUCAGUGAGCGUGCACUACCCGCCGAACCCGUACCGGCGGCCGGACCCGUACCGCGCGCCGGCCGGCCGCACCGUCCGCCAGAUGCUGGCCGACGGGGCGCGCGUCGGACUCAACAGCAUGGACGCCGAGGGCUGGACGGCGCUGCACCGGGCCGUGCGCAGCGGCGACCUGGAGCUGGUGCGGCUGCUGGUCGGCCACGGCGCCGACUUCCGGCUGGCCGACCGGGACGGCUUCAGCCCGCUGCACAUGGCCUCGUGGGCGGGCCACAGUCAGCUGGUGGUGUACCUGCUAGGCCUGCAGCGGUGA